GGCACGAGAACAGCUCAGUCGCGGCGAGCUCCCGGGUCUCCAGCGAAAGUGCCGGAGGAGAGAGUGGUGGCGGCUGGCGCGGGCUCCCUCCGAGGCUCUACGCGGCGCCUCAGCGUAAUGCUGGCCUUCCCCGGGGACAGAUCGGCCUGAGUCGCCGUUGCCGCUCUCGAAUCGGCGUCUUCCUCGCAUGGUUCCGGCCAGAGCUUGGAUCUCGCGGCGGAAGACGCGAGGCGGAAAAGUGGGGAGGGUGUCGUUCCUUGGUUUUCUUCUCGCCAAAGAGGAUUGAAGUUAUGAUGGAAAAGCUUGUAUAGUAGCGCUAAAUCUAAUUCUCUUGAAGCAAGUCUCAACCAUGCAGCGUCUUACAGCGAUAGUCUUCGUGGCUACUUCUUUCCUUAUUGCAAGUGUUCCACAUGCCAAAAGUGCUGAUCUGAACUCUGAUAAGCAGGCUCUUCUCGCAUUUGCUGCAUCACUGCCUCAUGGCAGGAAGCUCAACUGGAGCUCCACCACACCUGUCUGCACUUCUUGGGUGGGGGUGACAUGCACACCAGAUAAGAGUCGUGUACAUACACUGCGCCUACCUGCUGUAGGACUUUUCGGUCCAAUACCAUCAGACACUCUUGGGAAGCUUGAUGCACUGGAGGUAUUGAGCCUUAGGUCAAAUCGCCUUACUGUUGACCUCCCACCUGAUGUAGGAUCUAUUCCUGCCCUCCAUUCCCUCUACCUUCAGCAUAAUAACCUGUCUGGAAUCAUACCAACUUCCCUCUCUUCCAGUUUAACAUUCUUAGACCUGUCAUACAACACUUUCGAUGGAGAAAUCCCAUUGAAAGUGCAAAAUCUUACUCAACUUACUGCAUUGCUUCUCCAGAAUAACUCACUUUCUGGACCCAUUCCUGACCUCCAACUUCCCAAAUUGAGACACUUGAAUUUGAGCAACAAUAACCUCAGUGGGCCAAUACCACCUUCCUUGCAGAGGUUUCCAUCGAGUUCCUUCUUAGGGAAUUCUUUUUUGUGUGGGUUUCCUUUGGAACCAUGUUUUGGAACUGCACCUUCUCCUUCUCCAGUAUCACCACCAUCCCCCAGUAAGACCAAGAAGAGCUUAUGGAAAAAGAUCAGAACUGGUGUGAUAAUUGGAAUUGCUGUUGUUGGAGGGGUAUUGUUGCUUAUUUUGAUUCUCGUGCUCUUGAUAUGUAUUUUCAAGAGAAAGGGACACACUGAACCUACCACAGCUUCGUCCAAAGGAAAGGCUAUUGCAGGUGGCAGGGCAGAAAACCCUAAGGAAGACUACAGCAGUGGUGUUCAGGAAGCAGAGAGGAAUAAAUUGGUUUUCUUCGAGGGCAGUUCAUUUAAUUUUGACUUGGAGGAUUUGUUGAGAGCUUCUGCUGAAGUCCUUGGCAAAGGAAGUUAUGGAACUACCUACAAAGCUGUUCUUGAGGAUGCAACCAUAGUUGUUGUCAAGAGAUUGAAGGAAGUGGUGGUUAGCAAGAAGGAUUUUGAACAGCAGAUGGAGAUAAUUGGUAGGGUUGGCCAGCAUCAAAAUGUAAUUCCAUUGCGGGCUUACUAUUACUCCAAGGAUGAGAAGUUGUUGGUGUUUGAUUAUGUCCCAUCUGGUAGCCUUGCUGCUGUUUUGCAUGGGAAUAAAGCUGCUGGAAGAGCUCCAUUGAACUGGGAGACAAGAGUCAAGAUAUCUCUGGACGUGGCCCAUGGAAUCGCCCACCUUCAUACCGAGGGAGGAGGGAAGUUCAUCCACGGCAACAUCAAAGCAUCGAACGUCCUCCUAUCGCAGAACCUCGACGGCUGCGUCUCCGAGUUCGGCCUGGCACAGAUCAUGACCACCCCACAGACCCCGCCGCGGCCCGUCGGGUACCGGGCGCCCGAAGUCCUCGAGAACAAGAAAUCGACCCAGCAGUCCGACGUCUACAGCUUCGGCGUCCUGCUCCUCGAAAUGCUCACGGGAAAAGCCCCCCUCAGGUCUCCCGGGCGCGAGGACCCCUCCGUCGAGCACCUUCCGAGGUGGGUGCAGUCCGUGGUCCGUGAGGAGUGGACCGCCGAGGUCUUCGACGUGGACUUGCUACGGCACCCCAACGUCGAGGACGAGAUGGUCCAGAUGCUCCAGGUCGCGAUGGCGUGCGUGGCCGCUCACCCCGAGGAGCGGCCCAAGAUGGAGGAAGUGAUCAGGAGGGUCACGGAGGUCCGGAAUUCUUACUCUUCUGGGACGAGGACGCCCCUGGAGGACAAGCCAUCGGAGACUGCACGAGCGCCAUGAGGGGGUACAGCGUAGUUUAGCAGGAGACGGUAGCUAGGUUGCAUAGUGGAUUCCUUAUAGAGCUUCAGCAAAGUUGAUAGCCACCUGCAUAGCGCAGUUUCCCUCGCGAUUCCCGAUCGUUUCCAGUAAAUCUGUUGUGUUGUUUCCUCUCUUUUUUUCCCCCUGAUUCUAGCGGUCUGGUUGUCGAUCCAUGCCAUUGUAUUGUUGUUCAGUUAAAUCAGCAGCUCUUCUGGUUAGUGUUGCACUGUAAUUUGACAUAAUCUUUGCAGCGUGAUUAAUGAAUUUCAUUUGCCUUCUGUUUCUGCC